AUGCAAAAACUCGAAUCUGAAAUUAAACGAUUUGGCUGGCUUUUAAAAUUAAUAUCUUGGCUUGAACCAAUUUUUAUUUGCAUACCUAUUUGGUUAACAGCUCGUCUUUUCUGUCUAUCAUCGUGUUUUACAAAUGCUAUGCUCUACCCAUUGACAACUCUUUUUUUUUCGGUACAGAAUCUAUCGAAUCACCAACCACAUCUAAUUGCAUUAAAACGUGAAAAAUAUCCGAACAUAAAUAUGUUUCAAACAUUAUUUUUAAAUAAAUUAGAAUCAAAUAAAUGGACAAUCAACAGAAUAGAUAAGAAAAAAAUUCUACAUGAACGUUGGUGGAGACAAUUUGCUCAUGUUUGGCAACAUUUUUUAUUUACUGUUCCAUUAUUGCGUUUUCUUCAAAAAGAAAAUCCAACUAUAUUUUAUGCUGGAGCCUAUACCAUGUUUAGUACACAUGAAAUAGCUUGUAUAUCUGGUUUAGCAGCUGCACAUGAACUUGGAGCAUUGUAUCCAUUUGAAAAGGAUGCUUUAACUGUAAAACAAUUUGAUUUAUCUAUGAAUUGCGUACAUGGUAAUUGUCGAAAUGAUACACUAUUCAUGGAUCCACCACCACUCUUGAGUAGUGCAUUUCCAUUGCCACCUAUGGGUUAUAUUGAACUAUUCAGUGAUGAUAGUAUUCGUCAAAAUAGUAAAAUAUUACAACCACCUCCACCCAUUGAAGGUCCUUAUGAAUUAUUUGGUCUCUAUGUAAAUGGUAUUGAUCAUACCGAACCAAUUAUUCGUUCGUUAGCAACUCAACAAAUUCAACGUGUCUAUAUGCGCCCUGAUGAUUAUAAAGGUGAAUUGAAAAAAUUAUGUUUUGCUAUAUUAACAAAUUAUCUUGAUCUAUUACAAAUUGUUUCACGUUCAACUACAACUCAAUCUCCUGAUAGUGGCAAUAUACCAUUACGUGAACAAAAAUUACAUGAAAUCGAAUUACUUUUCAUUAAUAUUCAUCAUCUAAUCAAUGAAUUACGACCACACCAAGCACGUGAAACACUUCGUGUUAUACUCGAAGAGCAAAAGCAACAACGUGAAAAGACAAGUCUAAAACUUUAUUCAUUUUUAAAUCGAAUUGUUGAUGUUUUAAAUUCAGCUGUAUAUUCACUUAAUGAUCAUGUACCUAAAGUUGCUAAUUAA